UGUUUGGAGAUGACAACCAAAAGGAAAAUUAUCGGCCGCUUGGUGCCCUGCCGGUGUUUUCGUGGUGAAGAAGAAAUCGUCUCAGUGUUAGAUUACUCUCACUGUGGCCUACAGCAGGUGCCAAAGGAGGUUUUUAGCUUUGAACGGACAUUAGAGGAGCUUUACCUAGAUGCCAAUCAAAUUGAAGAGCUACCUAAGCAACUGUUCAACUGUCAAGCUUUACGCAAACUGAGUAUACCAGACAAUGACCUUUCAAGUCUGCCAACCACUAUUGCUAGCUUAGUUAAUCUCAAAGAACUUGAUAUCAGUAAAAAUGGAAUUCAAGAUUUUCCAGAAAACAUUAAAUGUUGUAAGUGUUUAACAAUUAUUGAAGCCAGUGUCAAUCCAGUCUCUAAGCUGCCAGAUGGCUUCACACAACUUCUAAAUUUGACCCAGCUCUAUCUAAAUGAUGCCUUUUUGGAGUUUCUUCCAGCUAACUUUGGAAGACUUGUCAAAUUGAGAAUUUUGGAGUUAAGAGAAAAUCACUUGAAAACUCUACCAAAGUCAAUGCACAAACUGACUCAACUGGAGAGACUUGAUCUGGGCAAUAAUGAAUUCUCUGAACUGCCUGAGGUUCUCGAACAAAUACAGAAUCUAAAGGAAUUGUGGAUGGACAAUAAUUCUCUGCAAAUACUACCUGGGUCUAUAGGGAAGUUAAAACAGCUCGUGUACCUGGAUGUGUCAAAAAACAGGAUAGAAACUGUUGAUUUGGACAUAUCAGGAUGUGAAGGACUUGAAGAUCUCCUGUUGUCAUCCAAUAUGUUGCAGCAACUGCCAGACUCCAUAGGACUGUUGAAAAGGCUUACAACUUUAAAAGUAGAUGACAAUCAGCUUACAAUUCUGCCAAAUGCAAUUGGAAAUUUAUCUUUAUUAGAAGAAUUUGACUGCAGCUGUAAUGAGUUGGAGUCCUUACCUUCUACCAUCGGCUACCUUCAUAACCUGAGGACGUUGGCUGUGGAUGAGAAUUUCCUUCCUGAACUGCCCAGAGAAAUUGGAAGCUGUAAAAACGUAACAGUGAUGUCUCUGCGCUCUAACAAGCUAGAAUUUCUUCCUGAUGAAAUUGGUCAGAUGCAGAAGCUGAGAGUGUUAAAUCUGAGCGAUAACAGACUGAAGAAUUUACCAUUCACUUUUACUAAACUUAAAGAACUUGCAGCUUUGUGGCUUUCUGACAACCAGUCCAAGGCUCUCAUUCCACUGCAAACUGAGGCUCACCCAGAAACAAAGCAGAGAGUACUGACUAACUACAUGUUUCCCCAGCAACCCCGCAGUGAUGAAGAUUUCCAGUCAGACAGUGAUAGUUUUAACCCUACUUUGUGGGAGGAGCAGAGACAGCAACGUAUGACUGUUGCCUUUGAAUUUGAAGAAAAAAAGGAAGAGGAGGAGAAUGCAGGGAAAGUUAAGGUUGAAAUAAAUCUAAAACGUUAUCCCACUCCAUACCCGGAGGAUUUAAAGAAUAUGGUAAAAUCAGUUCAAAAUCUGGUGGGCAAAACAAGCCAUGGAGUACGGCCUGAGAACUCAACACCAACUGCGAACAGUGAACAAACUGUGAAAGAAAAGUAUGAGCACAAGUGGCCCAUGGCACCAAAGGAGAUUUCAGUGGAGGUUCAAGAUAGAGAAAAUAAAGAACUCCAAAGGAGUCACCUGUCUGAUACAGACAAGGAAAUCCCAGACAGGAAGGAGAAAGAAGAGCAUACAAAAAGCUCAGAGGAUGCCUUUGGACAUCCUGCCAGUGAGAUGAGGAUAGGGGAACUUCGUCCUUCCAUGCCAGAGACUCCGUUGUACCCACCCAAACUUGUUCUUCUGGGUAAAGAGAAGAAAGAAUCGACAGAUGAGUCUGAAGCAGAUAAGAUCCAUUGUCUGAAUAACAGCGUUUCCUCAGGCACUUACUCAGACUAUUCCCCUUCCCAGGCUUCCUCAGGGUCCUCCAACGCGCAUGUUAAAAUGGGGUCCUUGCAGACAACGGCUAAAGAAGCAGUGAAUAACUCUUUGUGGGGGAACAGGCUGGCACAGUCAUUUCCACAGCCCCUUGAAACAAAGCCAUUGCUGAGCCAGCGGGAAUCCGCUCCGGCGGGGAACCUGCCACAGCGCACCGACAGGCGCCCGCUGAGCGACACCUUCGCCGACAGCUGGAACGACAGCUCGCACUACGAUAACACAGGGUUCGUUGCGGAGGAGAGCACGGUGGAGAAUCCUAGUGCUAACCCCCUCCUGAGCACGAAAUCUAGAAGCACAUCUGCACACGGACGCAGGCCCUUGAUUAGACAAGACAGGAUAGUUGGCAUUCCCCUGGAGCUGGAGCAGCCGACGCUCAGAAACACACACGAAUCUGAAGUGCCUCCUCCCAAUCCUUGGCAAAAUUGGACCAGAACCCCUAGUCCUUUUGAAGACAGGACAGCUUUUCCUUCCAAACUGGAAAGCACCCCCACCACCAGCCCUUUGCCUGAGCGGAAAGAUCAUGUCAAAGAGUCUCCUGAAAUGACUAGCACUUUCACUCCAGGAAUAGCAUGGGAAUAUCACGAUUCAAAUGCUAACAGAAGCCUCACAAACGUCUUUUCCCAUAUCCACUGUCGCCCAGAUCCUUCCAAAAGCGUUAUUUCGAUCAGCAAGAGUACAGAACGGCUUUCUCCGAUGAUGAGGGAUUUAAAAACUAACAAAUUUAAGAAGUCGCAAAGUAUCGAUGAGAUAGACAUUGGUACAUACAAAGUGUAUAAUAUACCCUUAGAAAACUAUGCAUCUGGUAAUGAUACUGUAGGAACCCACGAGAGGGUGGACAAGCUCCUGGGCCCGGAGCACGGCAUGCUGAGCAUGUCCCGCAGCCAGUCGGUCCCCAUGCUGGACGAUGAGCUGCUGACCUACGGCAGCGUCAAGGUGCAGCCGCAGCAGAAGUCGUCCGUCACGAAGAAAGUCUACCAGUUCGACCAAAGCUUCAACCCGCAGGGAGCAGUGGAGGUCACAGCGGAGAAGAGGCUACCGCCGCCUUUCCAGCUCAACCCCGAGUACAUUCCCCAGCAGAGUAAAAACCUGCCCCAGGAUCUGGUCAGCCCGAGGGCCUACCGCGGCUACCCCCCCGUGGAGCACAUGUUCUCCUUCUCCCAGCCUUCGGUGAACGAGGAGGUGGUCGGUGGCCCCUUUGCGAGCCAAGGGUCUCGGCCGGGGUUCUUGAGGAGAGCGGAUUCGUUGGCCAGCUCCACCGAGAUGUCCAUGUUCAGGAGGGUCAGUGAGCCCCAUGAGCUGCCCCCGAGCGAUAGGUAUGGCAGGCCUCCGUACCGAGGAGCUGUGGAGCGCCAAAGCAGUAUCUCGGUCUCUGAGUCUCAGUUCCUCAAGAGGAACGGCAGGUACGAAGACGAGCAUCCUUCCUACCAAGAAGUGAAAGCCCAGACUGGAAGCUUUCCAGUUAAAAACCUUACACAAAGGAGGCCGUUGUCUGCAAGAAGCUACAGUACAGAGAGUUACGGCACAUCCCAAACCAGGCCGGUUUCAGCGAGGCCUACAAUGGCAGCUCUGCUGGAAAAGAUACCAUCAGACUAUAACUUGGGUAACUAUGGCGACAAGCCUUCCGAUAACAGUGAUAUAAAGACAAGGCCUACCCCUGUGAAGGGAAAUGAGAGCUGUGCUAAAAUGCCCGCUGACUGGAGACAACAGCUACUUAGACAUAUAGAAGCUAGAAGGUUAGACAGGACCGCUGCUUACAAACACAACACAGUUAGCCUUGGCAUGCUGCACUCUGGAGGUUUUUCAGCAAUGCAUGCCGGCAGAAGCAUGACUUUAAACUUGCAGACUAAAUCUAAAUUUGAAAACCAAAUGCUUCAAGAGCUACCUCUACCGAAAACCCCGUCGCAGCAGAGCAGCAUUCUGGACAAUGGGCAGGAGGAGGUGUCUGUGAGCAGCCAGUGGAACCCCUACCCGCUGGGGCGGCGGGACGUGCCGCCGGACACCGUCACGAAGAAGGCAGGUAGCCACAUCCAGACUUUAAUGGGAUCACAAAGCCUACAGCAUCGGAGCCGCGAGCAGCAGUACGAAGGAAACAUGAACAAAGUCACCAUUCAGCAGUUUCAGCCACCACUGCCUAUUCAGAUUCCCUCCUCGCAGAGCUCUCGAGCACCGCAGACAGGGCGAUGUUUAAUCCAAACCAAGGGUCAGAGAAGUACGGAUGCCUACCAGGAGCAGUUUUGUGUGAGGAUAGAGAAGAAUCCUGGCCUUGGUUUUAGUAUCAGUGGUGGAAUAAGUGGACAAGGAAAUCCAUUCAAACCUUCUGAUAAGGGUAUCUUUGUUACUAGGGUUCAGCCUGACGGACCAGCAUCCAGCCUGCUCCAGCCUGGCGAUAAGAUCCUCCAGGCAAAUGGACACAGUUUUGUACAUAUGGAACAUGAGAAAGCUGUAUUACUACUGAAGAGUUUCCAGAAUACAGUAGACCUAGUUAUUCAACGUGAGCUUACUGUCUAA